CGAGGCCGCCGCUGGGGUCCCGCGCCCCCUUGGCAGCCCCCGCCGGGAGGCUCAUGGCUCUGCUGGGGAGGCUCGACUGGCAACCCGGGCCAACGCGUGCUUUGCAUGGCCGGCGGAAGAGAAUCCCUGUAUGGGGCAAGAAAGCAGUUUGAAUAGGGACGAUACGUCUGGGAAGAUGGAACUGGAAUGUUUAGAGCCGUUUCUCCUCUUUAUUAUGGCGCUCUUCAUUCUAGGCUUUUAAAACCCCUUUCCACCACUCCUGCUCCAGCUCAGCUGCCCUCUGCCAGACCCUUUACAACAGGCAGGUUGGUCGGCUCUGCUAGCGAGACCCCCGACUCUGGGCUUCCCAGUUCCAUUGAGCGCAUCUCAGGGCUUUGGGGCUGUGUACAGGACUUCUCCAGAGACACCUCGGCGUGUUCCUACUCAAGGGAAGAGGGGAGCCUCAUGGAUAAAAGCAGCGUUACAUCCGCGCCUGGAAUCUAGCUACAACGCGCCCUGGGCAGCUUCCCCAGCCAUGCGCGCGUGUGUGCGCCCUUGGCAGCCGAGAGCUUCCUCCAGCUAUUCGUGUGCGCCCUGGAGGAGAUCCAGUCCAACCCAGAGCUCAGGGAAGGAGUGGCUCUGAGCUGCGGGCUGCCUCCUGAGUGGCUGGCUCUGAGCCUCCCAUAAUGAAAGCCCAGGCUCCCAAUCCAUCCCUGGGGAGGAGUUAUGAUAAUACUAUUGCCAUUAAGGGCGUCUGGGCAGGGGAAAAAAACCUCAGUGACCAUUAGAGGGAAGAUUAGUCUUGCACCAAUCUUCAUGCCUGGCAACUAACAAAAUCCACCCGGGGGAGCUGCUCAUCCCCAGCACAGACUUGGAUAUUUACUGCUUUUGGGGCUGGGGAUCUUUUCUGAUCUACUAUAUAUAUAUUUUGGACGCUGGACGCCAUGUUGUGGAAACUAGCAGAUAAUGUCAAAUAUGAAGAGGACUGUGAGGACCGGCACGACGGGAGCAGCAAUGGGAACCCCAGGCUCCCCCACCUUUCCGCCGUCAGCCAGCACUUGUACAGCCCGGCUCCCCAGCUCUCCCAUUCCGGGACGUCCGACUUCCAGCCCCCCUACUUCCCACCCCCCUACCAGCCUCUGCCUUACUCCCAGUCCAGCGAUCCCUACUCCCACCUCGGGGACCCCUUCUCCAUUAACCCGCUCCACCAGCCGCCUCCCCCGCCGCCUAGCCAGCAGCAGGCUGCCUGGCCCAGCCGGCAAAGCCAGGAUCCCACCGGCCUGAUCCAUCACGCCAGGCCCGGCCUGGUCCCUCAUCUCUCGGCGCUGGAGAGCGGCUCGGCCGGGGGCAGGAGGGAAACCUACAGGCGCUCCGAGCUCCUCCUGCCCCACGGACACGGGCUGGACGCUUCCACGCUGGCCGAGAACCUGGGGCUGCACGAGAUGGCUCAUCAGAUGGAGGAGGUGCCGAAUGUGGAAGAUCAACACUUAUUAAUGCAUGACCAGACAGUCAUUAGAAAAGGUCCCAUUUCAUUAACAAAAAACAGCUCGCUGAGUCUCCCCUGCCAGAAGGAUGGAUUAAUUGGAGUGGUGAUAAACCCCAAUGAAGUGUUUUGUUCUGUUCCGGGGAGACUUUCUCUGCUGAGUUCCACAUCUAAAUAUAAAGUGACAGUAGCAGAGGUUCAGAGAAGGCUCUCACCUCCAGAAUGUCUAAAUGCCUCCUUGCUAGGAGGAGUACUCAGAAGAGCCAAAUCUAAAAAUGGUGGCAGAUCAUUAAGGGAAAAACUGGAUAAAAUUGGCUUGAAUCUUCCAGCUGGUAGAAGGAAAGCUGCAAAUGUGACAUUAUUGACAUCUUUGGUGGAAGGUGAAGCUGUACAUCUUGCUCGUGACUUUGGUUAUGUAUGUGAGACAGAGUUUCCUUCCAAAGCAGUGGCUGAAUAUUUAACCAGACCACACUUGGGCCGUAAUGAGAUGGCUAACAGGAAAAAUAUGCUUCUUGCUGCAAAGCAGAUAUGUAAGGAAUUCACAGACCUCCUCACUCAGGAUAGAACUCCUCUUGGAAACACUAGACCUAGUCCAAUCUUGGACCCUGGCAUCCAGGGCUGUUUGACUCAUUUUAGCCUGAUCACGCAUGGCUUUGGGAGUGCUGCCAUCUGUGCUGCCAUGACUUCCGUCCAGAACUACCUAAAUGAAGCAUUAAAAAUAGCAGACAAAACAUAUAUGAACACUGGCGACCAAAGUCCUGCAGAAACCAACAAAAACAUUGAUAAAAUGGAUAAGCACAGGAAGUAAAAUGAGGGAAACCAGACUUUCAAACUGUUCCUCCAAAACACAGACUGGGAUCUUCUUGCCUACAGGGCAUGUAGAAAUUUGGUUACUUUUCCUUCCCCCCUCUCUCUUUAAAACAACAAAACAUCUUAUUCAGGAUCUUCACUCCCUCUGGAUCUGUAAGACAAGUCUUUCUAAAGCUGCAGUACCUCCCUUAACUGUGGAAUCCGUUACCAGAAGAUAAGUACUGGUGAAGUGUAUUAAAAUCCUUUGCUGUUAAAGUGGUGCUAUAAAGUCUUUGGUGGAAAUAUACUAAGAGAGAUGUAGAGUUUUCAAACAUCUAAAUAUCUAGUGGUGACAAGCUACCGUGUAUAUUUUUUGAGAUAUAGAUUUUGGAUGGGAUACUCUUCAUUAUCUGGAAAAACGUCAGGUUUUUAGUCUUUAAAGCCAACAAUAACUAUAAUGCAGUAUUAAACAAGGUAUUUAGAUUUAUGUGCAUGGUGUAGUUUAUAAACACAUGACAAACACCAAGAUCAUUCUGCUUUGCUUUAUUUUCAGAUGACCGUAGGGAAAAACUGAUAUCAGCGUAAAUGAAAGAGCUAUUUGAUGCAUUUGACAUGCUUAUUUUAAUUCUUAUUUUUUAUGGAAAUAUCCAGGCUUUUAAAAAUUGCAGUUGCCCACAGUGGAAAUUCUUUUUUUUUUUUAAACAAACAAAA